AGUUUCACCGCCUGGCCUCUUUCCCUCUCCAGUUCUUAGACAGUAUGUUCGCUCUAUGACUACGUCGCACCGUUUUGAAUGGGAGUCGUUCCGAGAUGGUUUUAUUAUUACUGUGAAGCUGCUAAGAAAAUAACCCGAUAGAUGGGAUGCAUGAUAAUCUUUUUUUGGUGGGUGGCAGUGGUGUAAUUCCAGGCAAUAGGAGUUUUGCAUCCUACAGCAUUUUUCCUCCAGCAGUUUUGCAAAGUAAGCUGGUUCGACGCUGCAUCGAUAGCAUUAUCAGCAUCAUCUUUGGCAUUUUCUUCUCCAAGAAGGCUGCAAUCACUCUUCAGGAUCCCAACAUCAAGUAUGCCUUGCGUCUCAUCGACAAAGAGAUCAUCAGCCAUGAUACCAGGAAGUUCAAAUUCGCCCUGCCCACCCCAGAGCACAUCCUGGGGCUGCCCACUGGACAGCACAUUUACCUGUCUGCCAAGGUAGAUGGGCAACUGGUGGUCAGGCCCUACACACCUGUGUCCAGUGAUGACGACAAGGGUUUUGUAGACCUGGUGGUCAAGAUCUAUUACAAAAACGUCCACCCCAAGUUCCCUGACGGUGGAAAGAUGACCCAGUACUUGGAGAGCUUGCGGAUUGGCGAUACCAUCGAUUUCCGUGGGCCCAGUGGUCUGUGCGUCUAUAAGGGCAAAGGAAAGUUUGCCAUCAAACCGGACAAGAAGUCUGAGCCAGGGAUGAAGACAGCCAAACAUGUGGGCAUGAUCGCGGGUGGAACGGGGAUCACCCCUAUGCUGCAGAUCAUCACCGCUGUGAUGAAGGACCCAGAGGACAAGACUGUGUGCCAUUUACUCUUUGCCAACCAGACUGACAAGGACAUUUUGCUCCGUCCUGAGCUGGAGGAGAUUCUGGCUACUCACCCGUCCCGUUUCAAGCUGUGGUUCACCGUGGACCGGGCACCUGAGGAUUGGCAGUACAGCCAAGGAUUCAUCAGUGAGGAUAUGGUGCGGGACCACCUUCCUCCCCCAGGAGAGGACACCCUGGUGCUCAUGUGUGGCCCCCCGCCUAUGAUCCAGUUCGCCUGCAACCCCAACCUGGACAAGGUGGGCCACGAGGCCCACAGGAGGUUCAUCUUCUAACCCCGUUUCCCUGUCGGGUGACAGCGGGGGCCAUUUCGGUGCGUCUAGGGCAAGCAAACGUUCAUAUUCCCCUGCUGAAUAGUGCUUGGCUUUGAUCGACCCCCCCCCCCCCGGAUCUGUUCCAUGGACCAUCCAGGACCAAAAAAAUGAUGAGAAAACCCUUUACCACUCAUUCCAGUUAUACUGAAGUCAAAUUGGUUGAAAAAAUAGGAAAUUUAAUAGAAAUUAGAAAUAGAAUAGUAAUUUAACUAGUUGACUAACACGGAAUGACAUUUGCGUUCAUCUGACAGUUUCGAUCCUCGGACUACCAAUAUAAAAUUGAGGCGUUUUUAUUUAAUCGUUGCUUCGCAUUUCAGUAUAUCUGACUAUCCGCACAGCACCUUGACUUUAUGCAUGAAUUAAUCAAGCCUAAGCUAUGAAGAUCAGUAAACAUUAAAACGGGACCUAAUGCCACCAAACCCCUACUUUAAGGGUUAUCAAUGGCCUCACCAUCUUAUUUUCAUGGUUACCAUGGGGCCACCAUCACUGGGUCAAAUUAUUAUUUGGAAUACUUGACUUUUUUUGAGAGAGAAAAAAGACCAAAAAAUUUUUCUGUGGUGACACUAGAAGUUUGAGCUUGAUGACUACCUUUGCCGAUUCAACGACUCAGCAAAGUCUCUCAAAGCCCUUUAUUGAACAUUUGGGAAGAAAAGUUACAGACAACAAAUUUAAAGGGGAUCAAAUACUAUCAUUCAGAUGUUCAAUUGUAUUGAGGGGUUGACCACUGCUGUUCACCAUAUUUCUCCACAUUCCUGAUUCAAGACCGAGAAUCCGAAGACGUGUGGGAGAGGCUGCAGUUUUGGUUGGGCACCGAUUCCUCCUCAUGCAAUGUAUGUGAGCGAAUGUUGAAAUCUAAGAUCAAAGUAAGUGUUGAGACAAGUCUAUAGGGUGCACGGCAGCUGUUGAAUAUUUUACUGAAGUACUAGCACUUAACGGGGAGGGGCACUCCCCCUUACCGUAACCGACGAAUGGGUUGCUGCUAAACGUGAACCGCAAGAGCGUACUCCCAACGCGUCAGGUUUGGUCUGGCGUCAGUUGUGCUGAAAUGACAGACCCCUGAGCUGCGAGCAGCCAUUUUAGUUUGAGUUGGAAGAGGGAGGAGAUGCAUCAAUGCCGAUGGCAUCGAUUACUCUGACACUUGCUGUGCAUUUGAAAAAACAAGAACAACAAAAGGAAAAAUGCUCGGCAGUUCUAGGUCUGGCCUUUCUAGUGCUGAGGGCUUAGGGUGUAAAUAGACACAGAGAGUAGAAGACUAAAGCUGCAGCAAAUGUUGACUGAAGAGCUCCGUUCGGUCCAAAUGUAGUGCCUUUUUCCCCUGGGGCUGAGGCUGAGGCUGUUCCCAGUAAGCCCCCUAGUGGCCAAUUCCCAACUUGUGCUGUUCCCCUCUUUCGGCCAGUAAUGCCAGUCAAUGUAGCUGAUGAGCAAUUGACACUGACCGCACCACAAAGGGAAAUGGAUUUUGGUGAAUGUUGCGAUCGGAGACAACCGUGUGAUUUGGGUGUCUCAAACGCAACCUUUCAAUGCAGCAAUAUCAAACGCAUGAUGCGGCUGGGAUACAGUGGUUCGACUGGCGUGAUUUCUCAGAAAGUGAGUUUAUGCACUUUGUGUUAUUUUUGUGUGUUGUUUUGUUAACCGAGAAAACGUUUUUUCAGAUGUGUUGAGAUUCACACAUUUGCUGAUUGUCUGGACGCACAAUCUGGAACAAAAGCUGGGCUCAAUUAGAUGGUGCAUGAGUUGGAUGUUUGUGAUGGGAAAUGGGAAAAGUGGAUUUGUAAUCAGCAAUUUGAUUUUGGCCUUAUUGCUCAAUACACGAGUCAUUCAGUAUGUCGUUUGUAACUGCACACAGCCAUUUUGUUUAAAAGGGUUAUUUUUUUUGUGACGGGUGUCUUCCUUACAGUAGAGGUGUUCCAAGUUGUACUUUCGGGAUCAUCUGUGUAAAAUCUGUAUUCCUGAGAGUGAAAUCAAUCCCUUACACCCAAUUAUAGAGUAGUACCUAGACUGGUAUACUGAAAGCUCUACAAGAGUAUUAAACCAUAUUUUGUAUUGACCAUAGUACUGAUGUGUAAAUGCUGGCAGUAUGCGCAUUUGAUUGAAGCCACAGCUUAUAUUCUAAGAAAAGCUUGACAGUGAUUGUUACUGAAAUGCUUAUCCUUCUGUGGUUUGAUCAACCCAGUAAGGCUGCUAAAUAAACACGGAUGAAAAAGUG